AUGCUGGAAAUUGUGAAGCUAGACAACAACAACAGUCCUCCAGGGAUCAAAUCGUUACCAUUGAGGAACAGUUGCAAGGACGAGACUGCAUCGGCGAUUGCAGCUGCAAAAGCCAUAGGUUCUCCCCAAUUUGCGAGUUUCAUUGGUCAAGCCCAGGAAGAAGUGCCCACCGUUGAAUCGGAUAUCGAGACUUUGUUCUCUGCAACCAUGAAAAAUGGGUCGAGCAGAUACAACCCAAUUCACAAGAAAAUCCCUGUGCUUAUUCAUGAUGGAAAACCAAUAGCAGAGUCUUUGGUCAUCCUUGAAUACAUCGAAGAGACUUGGCCGGAGGACCCCAUUCUUCCAACUGAUCCUUAUGAGAAAGCCCCGGAGAACCCCAUUCUUCCAACUGAUCCUUAUGAGAAAGCCAUGGCUCAAUUUUGGGCAAAAUUCGCCGAUGAUAGGGCUAGUACUUUGAGGAAUUUCUUUAGUACUUCAGGUGAAGAACAUGUUGUAGCCACUAAAGAGAGCUUGGAAAUGUUGAGAACUAUUGAAGAGCAGGGCCUUAUUGGAGAUGAGAAAUAUUUUGCUGGAGAAAGGAUUGGAUAUGCGGACUUGGCCUUUGCAGUGUUGGCUUAG